UAUUAUGAAAGCAACAACAACUACUGCAAUAACAACAGCAAUAACAUUGCAAAGCAAACGGUUAGAGGUGGUGAACUGGUUUUAUGCAUACAAGUAAAGGGGCGGCAGCAGACGUUUCCCUGUCACCGAUAAAACAAAACCCAGUUCGAGUUUAUUCGUUUCAAGCGUAGCAGUGAUUGGGGUUGAGCUGAGCGGCUGUGACAGCUAGGGGAAAGCUAACUCAAAAAUAGGAAAAACUUGACGACUAAACACAAGCCACAGCGUGAACCAAACGAAUUCGAACGGAGGAGCAGCAACACAGGAAGAACAACAGCAGUAGCAGUUGUGUUGUUGUGCUCACAGUGUGCAGUUCAUUAGAUAUUUCUGUUAUUUUCGUGCCAUACUAUCGAAAGGGACAUCUUCUUUUGAAUAUCGGGUGUGUGUGCUUGUUUAUAUGUGUGAGUGUGUGUGGCCCCAAACGUUGAUGGAGCAUUGAGCCAAAUAUUUCAUCACCAACAGACCGAAUAAAUAAAGUCGACGGACUGCGAGCGGCCGUGACAGGAUAAGCAAAGCUCAACGCAGGCUUUUUUACGAAUCGAAUGUGGCAAGUAGCUUCUGUUGUAUAGUGGCAAACUGCUAAACGAAGAAAGAGAAGUGUAUUUGUGCGCCAGGAAUAUUACUGAAACUGUCCGAGAUUAGCAAUCGCACACUCUUGGAAAUUUUUCGUUGCACACGGCUUGCUCUCUUUGGCUUUCCCCCUUUCUUGUUUUUGGCACGCUCUGCCUCGAAGUCAGGCACAUACACAGUCGGGUCGUUAGGCAGUCAGUCAGCCGCUUGGACGCUGAGUCAUACGAAAGUACUAAAUAUAUGUGGGGCCAUUUGGUCUUAAAACGAAAUGGUUUUAGUAUUUAUUAUGCGGCCUUAAUGGCACACAUUACAAGUGACUUCAUGUACAAAUAUUGUAAAUAUCAGCUUCAAGACGUCUCACAAAAAGCGUAUGAAGAUGGAGAAGACUCCCCGCUACACGCAACGGGAGCGCAAUAUGGUGCUGGGCUUCGCCGCUCAAUACAAGGACGUCAUCGAGAAUAAACGUACCGAUGCCGAAUCGAAUCGGAAGAAGGACGAAGUUUGGCGUCAAAUAGCAAAGGAGUUCAAUGCACGUGUCUAUCAUCAACGCUCGUCCAAGCAACUACGUCAACUAUAUAAAAAUAUGAAACUGCUGUUGAAGAAGGAUCUCUGCGGCGAAGGCAAGGGCAAUCGCACAUUUAUGGAUCUAUUGAAUACACUGUCGCAGCAAGAAUCGGUCGCACAAUACAUAUCGGAACAGAUGUCGCCGAACGGAGGUAGUGGUAUUGGCAAUGGCGGCUAUGACAGCAAUCGACAGCACAAAUACGACGAUGACUACGAUGACUCAAAGAACCCCUUCCCGCAACUCGCUUCCCUCGCCUACGAUGGCAUGGAUCCUGACGUGAUUGUCAUCAAAUCCGAGGACAUCAGCGAUAAUGACCAAUCACAGCCGCCGGAGGAUAUGGACGACGACGAUGGUGACUGUCUGAGUUCGAAGGAUAUACCUGAGGUUUGCUUGGAGGAGGAGGAUGAUGAGAUAUUCGCCACCGAUUUGCGUCAAUCGACGCCUCUUCAGUCAUCACACGCGUCGCAGCGCGGCUCCUUUGCUUCGAACGCUGCGCAUCAGCAACAAAAUGGUUCACAACAACAACACUCCCAACAACCCGAAGUAACAAUACAAAAUGUCGGCGGCAUACGCGUCGGCAGCAUCGGCAGCUUAGCUAAUCUCAAAGCGCUGCAGAAUGGCGGUAACAACUCUGCGCUUAGCAUACCGAACAACAACCAUAAUAAUGGCAGCAGCAAUAAUGCCUCCAAUAGCAAUGCACACAGCAACCACAAUGGCCGACAUACGCCCAGCACGCGCCAGCAGGUGAGCGCAGAGCAACAAGCUGCUCAACAAUUGUUACUUAAUGGCCUUGGCUUAAGCGCAGUGCACCCGCCGGAGCCGCCACUGCCACAGCUGCAACGCGCCACACACACCGGCAACAACAAUAGCAACAAUAGUCUUAUCAAUAGCACGAAUCAGCUGUUGCUGAGUCUGAACGCAAACGCUGGAUAUGCUGGCAUGCACAAGAGCAGUCACAGUCACAGUCACAGUCAUAACCACCACAAUCACAAUCACAACCAACACAAUGGUCAUGGUAAUGGCGCUGGCGCUGGCGGUCUGCACAAUCACAGCCAUAGCAGUAGCGGCAGCAGCAGCGGCCUUGGCGGCAUGCAUGGUGCCAAUAGCCGCAACAACGACUAUCUGAUGUCGCUGGCGAUAAAGGAGCGCGAAAAGAAGAUUGACUUGUUGAAUGCGCAAAUUGAUUAUUGGAAGACGUUAACGAAGAAGUUAGAUGCAAAUGUGACGCACAAUCCAACACCAGCGUGCCUCUGCCACUUUCCCGGCAAAGUGAAUGGACUUCAAACUCCGACGAGUAGCAGCUAGUCCGACACGGAAGAGGAGGAGGAGGAAGAGCGUGAGACGAGUAAAGCAGCCGAAAAUAUAGCGGAGACGGUUGACGCCUGUGGUAUGAUUGAAAAUGAUGCAGCUGCUUUGGGCAACAGUGCACAAGCCGUGGCAGCAGAUGGUGUGGCGGCGGCUGGUAAAAUUGUAGAAAAUGAAGCGCGCAGGGUGGGCAAAGCUGAGCUCGAACUUGCGCCGUUCACAAGCAAUGCUACCAUAAGCGAUACUUUCAAAUUGGCGGCAGAGAAUUUCGAAAUUCUCGAGUUAGACGCCUAUGCGGAGGAAAUGGAAUUCGACGAUGCGGAGGAUGUGGCAUGUCUGCUGGUAAAAAUGUAUAAAUAAUUGCACAACGUCAGCUGUAGAACGUGCAGCUACAACAAUGCGCGCACAUCUAACCGUUAGUUUUAGUUAAUAGGCCUAUGUAUUCGUAAGUUUUAACGCAUCAAAUGUCUUGUGUUCAUAAUUUUUUAUGUUAUGCGUUUCCUAGUAUUUGUGCAGUUAUAUUUUUAUUAUACAGUAUUUUUUUGUGGAAAUAGAUUAAUUUACUUUGCAAUUUGUACUUCAUAGUUUAUAGUUGCAUGUGGAAAAAUUUGAUUAAAAUAUAAAAUGUACAAAUAUGGUUCCUAUCUAGUCCUUUUGUCAUAUAAGAAUCGGAAAACCAAAAACCAAAAACAAAAAAAAAAAAACAUCAAAAUAAUGGUCUAUAGAAAUGCAAAUAAUCUAUUUUUGCCAAACCGAAAACACAAAUAAAAAUAUGUAAAAUUUCAAAUGAAGCUACAUAUAUUUAAAACCAAAAAACUACGUGAAGUUGCCAUUUUCUUGUACCAAAUAAUAUAUAAUUUAUUAAACAUAUUUGAAUUAAUAAUUUUUUAUUAGUCUUAGAGCUAAAAUAAAUUAUUCUCACCACUGUGUAGUAAGUAUUGUAAGUAAAUGUUGUGUAUUAAAAACAACUUUGAUGUUCUGGUGAUGAAGAUCGCAUCUAGCCUUUAGAAUAAUAAAACUACCAGUAACCACUUCAUUCGU